UGCUGGUUGUCGCUGGGUGAUGACGUACAUCCACGUUCCCGGUGCAGCUUGUCAACAAAAACCCAAAACAAAUUGGCGGACGCAUAAAGGUGCAGCUGAAGCGCUGAAGGGAUGCACACGUCAGUGCGUGAAAUUAAUCUUUGCUCAGACACCUCCUACUUCCUGCGGGUGGACUGGGAAGGGUGCAACUUUAGUACCGGCUUCCAGUUGCUGCUUACUGAUGGACAAGAUGCAUGGAGAGGGGAAGUGAGGGGUGAAGUGGUGUGCAAUGAGGCAGAGGAACUGGAGAUGCCAUUGGAAAGAUAUAUCGAGGACGUCGAGCAAGCCUUUACAGGGAGAGAAAACUCCAACACCUACAACUUCACUUUGACACCUAAUCCCCCAGGUCACAGUUCCACUUUGACACUGACAUAUGAGAAGAUGCAGAAGGAUAUCUCAUUCAGGCUGGGCUGCGUUCUGCUGAAGGCCGUCCCAGAGCCAGCAGAGGCAGUGAGAAAUUUACUGAUUCACAGUCUGCAGAGGGGAAAUAACCUGCAGCACCACAACCAGAGACUACAGGAGGAGAACGAGAGACUUCGAGGAGAACAGCAACACAUCACUGCAGAACUGAAGCGUUACGUUGGUGGUAAGGAAGCCCUGGAGGCAGAGCUUUACUCUCGGUUUGUCCUGGUUCUGAAUGAGAAGAAAGCAAAGAUCCGCAGUCUACAGCAGGAUGUCACAAAACUGGAGGAAAUGAGGUGCACUACUGGCCCCCUGGUUAAUGAGGAGAUGGUGUCCAUACUGUACAAAGAUUAUCAUCAGUAUAAAUCACCGACUCCGGGACCACUGGAUGAAAGCCUGAGUGACCUCACAGAUGUGGCCCCGUCUCGCAAACGGCGCUUUCGUCACCUCAGGGCCCCAGAGGCUGCAGUAAAGCGACCAAACCCAGAGACAUCUCAGAGAAAAAGGAAUGACUCCCCUGCAGGAUCCAGUAAGCAUCAGACUCCCCGGCUCUCUGCAGAUGUUGCUGCAGCAAGUUCUGCAGUGGAAGACCUUUUUGAGGAAUUCUGAUGUUCCACGUCUGCACCUUAUAGACGUAGACAAGACCACAGCAGUGAAAUGCCAAGGCAUCACAUUUUUAUUGUGAUUGAAUGCAUCUAGUGCUGUAUCUAUAUGGAAGGAUAAAGCACUGCAAAAAAAGGCGUUCAAUGGAUGCUGAUGAGAGAAAUGCUUGGUGAUUCUUUAUAGAGCACUGUAGAGGUUGCUUUUUUUUAGUAAAGUACACUAAUGACCAAUGUUUGGAAUAGUAAAAAUAAUAAACAUGUUUUUAUCAAAGUUUACAUUAGCUCAGGACUUCUUUGAAAUGUAUAUUUUUCUGAUAUACUUUGCAGGCUACACAUCAACAACUAAUUUUGAUAUUUGUGUAAAUAAAAAGUGAAAGCAAAUA